AUGCGAGAAGCAAAUGAUGUGACAGAUCCCGCAGUUGAUCACCACGCAUCACAUCUCCAAGAGUCUUCGAGCCGCCAUGCGGCAAGCAGGCGUCGCAGUUAUCUUGCCACCACAAGGAAAUUCGUACCGGGGAGAUUCGUCGUCAAUGGUUUCGUGAAAUCGACAUUCAUGUCCCCGGUCUUCACCGAAAGGAGCCACGUAGUAGGGGAGCGAAGCCUUCGGGACAAGCCCGGAGUUUUCGGCCCAGAAAGCGAGCCUUUAAAGACCGACUCCAGGGAUGGCCCCGUUGCUUCUUCCACAGCUGCGGCUACUCAAGUUAUCCCCCAACAAGCGUCCAAUGACGCGGAGGCCUUGAAAGUAAGAGCGCCUUCACAGGCCUCCCUUUCUUCAGUGCCGGUGCAUGACGUGGUUCCCCCGUUUACACCGCUUCAUUUGGUCGUAACAUCUUCUGUAGAUAGCCGAACUGCCCUCGGAAAAAGCUCGCUGCCGCCACCGAUCCAUCAGACUAUCGCUUCCCCGGUUCCAUCCCCCGUGACAACUCUCAGUGAGACUCUGAGAGACCCCGAUAAAACAGAGAAGAUGCUUGACAAAUUCGUGCACGACCUCAAAGACGUGGUGGCGGUUCAAGCUCAGACACUCAGGGCAAGCGCAGGGGAUUUGCUCUCUCAAUCGGAAGAAGCACAACACGCCACCAGCCUUCAACAAGUCUGCACUCAACUCCAACCGCGCAAUUCCAAGCCUAAGCCGCAGAUGAAGUCAAAACUGGGCAGAUCGUUCCAUAGACUAGGGCGCGCAUUCAGUUCAGUCCGAACGCGCGUUGUGGUUGCGAAGACGAAAAUCAUGAAGUGGCUGAAAUCCCAGAAGACUGUAACUGGAAAGGGUACAAGGCAGCCGUCCAAAGCGUAUAUGUUUCUGAGGCGUAUAGCAAUACGAGCGUGGGACCGGACAAAAAACUUUGGCAAAAGGGUCAUUGCUCAAAUAGUGAGGAUGCUCCCGUUGUUUCUGUUCCUUGUCAACGCUGUUGUUCUGGGAAUGUCUAUAUCCAGCGUGGUCGUCGCCCCGAAUCCCCUGAGCGUAGUCGCCCUCAUUUUCUCGGUCAGCAACAUUUUGUCUUUCGCAUUUUCCGAAGGGACCAAAAUACGGGGAGUCGACUUGACCCGUUCCAUUGCUGUCAAGUCUGAGUCUCAGCAGACCGAGCUGUUCGGCCUCGUGUGGGCAGACUUGAAGGCUGAACAGGAGGCAGCGGAUUUGGCGCAGGUGCCUGGGGGAGAGGCUGCGCCAUCCGCCGGAGAUGGUAAAGAUCCAAGCACCAAUGAUAUCGAAGCGAUCAAAAUGUCCCAGGAAAUGGACAGAGACCACACUGCAGUGGAGGAGGCACCAGGGACUCCUGGGUCGCAGACGCUCUCAGAGGUUCGCGCAAAAAUGUAUCGAAAUUUGAGGGCAAACAGCGAAAAAGACCUUCGCCGGAAGCUGAAGCGUGGAAUCAAGCGCACUUGGAAGAAUCGGCGAUGGAAGGGGCUCAAUCGGAUUCUGCUUUCCUCGCUCCGCCUGAUACUAGAAUACGCCAAUCUAGGAGUGAAAAGUGUUCUGGCUCUCUUCGGGUCUGCGUGGUUGUGGAUACUGGAUCACGCCCUACAGAAACCAAUAAGACAACUGCGCUUGUUCAAGCUGUUCGGCAGGGUCUCCGGCUUAGGAGAGACAAUUUACUAUUUUAUGCAGUGGUGGAUGAUGAAAGCCCGGCACUAUGUAGAGUUCACAGAUACAAUUCGGGACCUUCUCGCCUUCGUCCUUGAACACAGCGCGACAGUCAGCGUGAUUGUCCAAGGUGGCUUAUCAAUGCUAGGCGGGGCAGAGGGAAUGAUUUUCUUUUGCCUGUUUUUGUGGAAGCUGACGAAACCGCUUUGGAAACUGUAUCUCACCGAUGCAGCGCUGAAGACGUCAGCCAUUCACGAAAAAGCAGUCACGGAGUUUAUGCUGUCUCAAAAGGAUUACUACAAUUUCCUCUUCGGCACACGAGCUCUCAUCGGCGAUGAAACGCAUAAACCGGCUCUCGAGUUGCAUCUGCCGCAGCAUCAGACCACAGAGCUCAUUUUUCUAAUGGCUUACCUCCAGCGUUACAAGUUUCCUCAAGCGGCAGACAGAGUGGGCUUGCUGGAAGGCGGUGACCCCAUGCAGCAGUACCUCGCAUACGAACGUGUGACACGCCUGAAGGAGCUUGUGUCCCAGAUACCACCAGACUCUCGGGAUCAGUUCCUGGGUCUGUUCUCGGAUCUCAAACGAUGGGACAUGACCACGACUUCUAACUCGCUGCACGCCCUCGUUGUCAACCAUAUCCAGCACUGUGCAAUUUUCUAUGGAAGAAAAGAACUGGCAGUCUUGAUAAGGAACAGUAUUGUGGCGUCUCAGAUACGAUACCGCAAUGCAGACUCGCCUGACCAUUGGAUUCGCUUCAGUGCUGGCGAAAGGGAAUCUCUUGCAAAAGCUGCCUCAUUCAUUGUGUCUCACGACCCAAGGGUUGUGGCGAAUCCAGCCCUCCUCCAACGCCGAAUCCAAGCCUACCUUACACCUUCCAAAAAAGCAAGGAUUAACCACGCACAACUCACGUGGCUUGCGAAUACCAUUAUAACCUGCGCGUACAAAGUCAUUGAAAAGGAACUACUUUUCACCUUGGACGGCGAGCACGAGUAUGCCUUGGACAGAACUACCAUUCGGGUCAACAACCUCCCAUUUGUCCUCUUCGGUGACUCAAGGAAUUUGAGUGCGCUCCUGCAGAAACACUUCACCUUCUUUCCCGUCGGUAUGUCAGACCUCCAUUCUUCCCCGCUCGGCAGGCACCGGCGCCGAGCACUCUCUGCGGACGGAGGAAUACUGAAAGAGUUUGGAAUGAUGACCUUGAGACGGCUCGCGGGGAGGGCAGGACGGGCUCGACACGCCACCAACGUGCGGAUCAAUUGCCCGACUCAGACGCCGGAUGUGGAAAUCAACGCCGCACUGAGUUACGCAAAGUUGAGAUUUCCGACAUCUGAGGCCGGUCAAGAUUCGCCGGCCGCAUCGUCAGAACCGGUUUCUGAGCACAGCCUAAGAGAAGUUCCUUCAAAGGAGAGUUCCCCGGAUGCACUGCGCCAGAUGUGCGCGGAAUCUGCAACACGCCUGUUCCUGAACCAGCAGACAACAGCGGGCUUCAGACAAAUGGUUCGCAAAGAAAUAUUCGGCGUGCCUGAAUCAGUGUGCGCUCCAAUCAACUCUCCCGGAUUCGUCGCUCUAAGCCGACUCGUUGACGAGUUUGUCAAUGGAGGCGUGACGGAGGAGCAGUUUCCCAAAGCUCUCCAAGCAGGCGUCGACCUCCUCAUCAACGAGCAUCCCUCGCUGCUCGCUGCGUCCGCGGUCCUGCAUCGUGAGAGUGUCCAAAAAGAAAGCGUCAGUCCAGAAGGCGCAGAAGCAGCGGCGCGCUCGAACGUGCUGCCGAGUCAGCGGGAACGAGGGACAGCUGGUUCGCACACUGACUCUGCUGGCUCGUCGCGGAGAGGUGCGGACAGAUUCGCGGGCCCUGCAAGGUCCAGAAGCGCAUCACUACUUGAGUCAGCUGGUUCACUCAGCUCAGAUCAGGGGGGCGUAGGCAGGGAAGAGGGGGACAAGGGGGAGGGCUUAUCGAUCACAAGGAGGGAUUCCACCGACUCGCGGAUAGACGCUCGAGCACCAGCUGAAACAUCGACUGAUUUCGAAGACGAUGUGCUCCGAGAGGUCGACCUUGAGCAUCUUCUGGAGCUGAAACAGCAUGUGGCGAGCAUUGCCCAACUGAACAGCUUCACUCGGACAGUGAGAGCGCAAGCUUUUGAAAACCUCCUGUUUCAGUACGUUCAAGAGCUCCUGCCUUUUUAUUUACGGAACGUCGCCGUUCGCAGCCGGUCAUCCCGCCACUUUACCGCCAUUUUGGCGAUCGCCCGCGUCGCGUUUCGCUACGAACCUCUGCGGCUGGUUGAGCAUAUACGCGACCGGGUGCUGAGCGUCCACAUACGGGAAUACAUGGCCGAUGAAGCAGAGCUGGAAGAGACUGCGCAAAAGCUCAAGAGCACUCCGAACCAGCCAGACGGUGACCUCCCGUCGGGUGCAGCGGAUCCCGCUGAGAGACGAGACGCCCGGGAGUUUAUUCUGGCUCUCGUUGUCCAGGUUUUUUCGGAGAAUCUUGCAGACAUUAUGCAUGGCACAUCUGAGGACGGCCAACCGGGAAGGACAUCCAUGAUGUCGGCGGCGCGGCCGGUGUGGGCUGCGUUGGUGCAUUCCGAUGCGGUGGGAAUUGACAAGUUCCUUCACGAGAGCGAACUAUCGCGCAAACCAGAUGCCUUCAUGAGCGGAAGAUCGUUUGGGCAAAUUGAAGGUAUAGUGAGGGCUGAGCUCCUCCGCGCGCACGGCGCCGUACUCAGAGCAAUAACCAAAAUAAAACGAACUCGAGGCCGAAGAACCGAAGGGCCACGGAAAUUGCCCGACGUCAUGACUGCGCAUUUGAGGCGGAGAUUUGGCGCCCAGCGAGGCAAAAAUGAGACGAGUGGGGUCGUCACUCGCAACAUAACCGAGAAGAUCGAAGAAAAGAUUGAAGAAUUCAUUGCGCUGAGGGUUGCCCCGAACCAGGGUGAGGCCUCACAAAUGGGACAGAAGACGUUACAACGGGGCGUACAUGCGCAACAGAGCAAAUCGGGCAGUCGCAUGUUUUCCUUCGAGGAGACCAUUGAAUUCCUCGAAGAGGCGGUGAAAAUUGUGCGCAAAGCAUCGCAAGCCAAUACCGCCAAAAUUGUCAGAGCACUCCGGUGGGCGUACUGGAAGGAAGGUGAGCGAUACGGGAGUCGUGAUGAGGCCCGUAAAUUGGCGCUGAACCGGCACAGGGAGGGUGGGCUGACAAGGGGAAUGGGCGGUUUGACGGCGAGCACGUUGGAGUGUCAUCUAAUGCUUCACAAAGCACAACAACUUCAGCUGCUUGGACCGGUCUCUAGCGAGAACCCAUCAGCUAGUGGCCGACUUGACCGCGGCGUUCGCUGCCAUCCUCGCUUCAAAAAUUCCGGUGUUCACAAAAUUUUGGGCACGCGUGCGCUCAAAGGCAGGCCUUGUUCCCAGACGGGAAAAGCUUCGAGCACAGAAGCUCGCGGAGGACAUAGCCAGCCGCCUCGAGACUUGGUAUCAGGUGGGACUCGACGGCUCAUUCGCGACUAUCGACCUUCGAUACAGCUACAAGGAAGUCAAGUCGCGCCGACGACGGUCGCACUCGCAGUUGCCGUCUCACCCAGCUAA